AUGAGUAAGUGUUAAUUCGGACGCGGUUGCAAUGGUCGGAGAACGGUUGUUUGUAAUUGCUCUGUAGUAGGCGCAAGAGGUGCGGAAGGUUUGCUGAUUGAGGUAGAUUUGAUUGGUGGGGAAGCAGGUUUUGGGGUUUUUGCAGGAGGUGAUGAACUCGAAUUUGAGAUAUUUGGUGAUGGAGGUAGCUUUGCUGCGUGGUUUUCCUUUUUUGAAGGAUCUAAGUUAAUCAGAUAUUGA